AGACACGCCCCCCUCGCACGCGUGUCCUGCGCAGGCUGAGUGGGCAUGGCUCAGGGUGUGAGUGUGUUUAUAAGGAGUUGGGCUGAAGGGAGAGUGUGUAGAGUGCGUGUAGAGUGUGUGUAGAGUGUGUGUAGAGUGUGUGGCAGUAUGCUGGGUGUGGGGAUUGUGUUAGGGAUGGUGCUGCAGGCCUGGACGCUCCCUCUGCAGAACUCCUCUGCAGUUCAGGAGGUGCGGGUGAGGAGCAGGCGAGGCGUUUCAGAGGAGUUCCCGUCUCCAGACGAGAUGAACCCCAUGGACCGAAUCCUGGAGGCAAACCGCUAUCUGACGGGGCUAACAGGGUAUACCUUCAGGGAGGGGGAUAUAGCCUCAGCCGGACCCUUUAGCACCAUCACCUGUCCGGGACAGACCUGCCUGUGGCCAAAAUCGGUGGACGGGUUUGUGUACGUACCGUACGCCCUCUCUAUGCAAUACGACACCAUGGACAGGAUCACGAUAGAGAUGGGGAUGCUGGACAUCUCUUCCAAAAGCUGUGUGAAGUUUGUUCCACGCACACACCAGGCUAACUUCCUGGACAUUCAGCCCAAAUUUGGUUGCUGGUCUUAUCUGGGCAUGGUGGGUGGGACUCAGGCCCUCUCUCUGCAGACCCCCGGCUGUAUGUGGUCCGGUGUGGCGUCUCAUGAGCUCAUGCACGCUUUGGGCUUCGUCCAUGAGCAGUCUCGCUCCGACCGUGACCGCUACGUCACCAUCCUGUGGGACAACAUAAUCGAGGGCCAGAAGCACAACUUUAGGAUGUAUGAUACCAAUAACCUGAACACUGCAUAUGAUUAUUCCUCUGUAAUGCACUACGGCAGGUUUGCAUUCUCAGAGGAGGGACUACCCACAAUCAUUCCUAAACCCGACCCCAAUAUUCCCAUUGGUCAGCGAGAAGGACCAAGCCCACUGGACAUCCACAAAAUAAACCUCCUCUAUAACUGCGGAGGCCUCGUGUGAGCGGACGGGUUCGCUGGUAUUAAGGACGAGACUCUGGAAUGUUGGAUGAGCGCUUGUAAACUAAACUAGACUAACUGCAGCUCAAUUUAGUGCAAUUAUAUUCUUAUUUUAUUUAUUUCUAAAGUAAUUUACGGAUCUAUGAAGAACUCGACUUGUGUAGAAAUGAGAAUUUCUGUCUAUUAAAUCUGAUAGUGUUUGAUUAUUAA